AUGCAUUCAUAUUCUUGGUGCAUGAAAAAUAGUUGCUUGUGCAAAUUAAAUUAAGGACACAAUAAAGUUUGAAAUGCAUAGUGUCAGGGUAAUCUUCACAUCCAUGUUGAUGAUGGUAUCGAUACGAAAUAUCAAUACGGCCACGUUGCCAUAUUCAUGUCGCGAAGACGGAUAUUUCAGGAUUUCUCCUGGAGAAGACCAGAGAACGUACUGCCCGAAUACUAAUCCUUUUUGUGACUACGUCCUUUGUUCAUGGUAUCCAGCCCACAGCACAUUUAUCCGUGUAUUUUAUCGAUGUCCACAAGAAGAAAGUGGGGCCAACUUUGACUAUGUUUUUAAUGAAGUUUCCCAAAAUUGUGAAACUACAGUUAACCCGAUUCCUGGAACAACUACGACAACCUCGGAAAAUCCCAUAGAUUCAUCUGACCCAACAACACCAAAUACUUCAGUAUCAACUACUGACGAGCUAAGUACCACAGAUGUCUCAACUACUGAGGAGUCAAGUACUACAGAAGCAUCUACUACUGAAGAGUCAAGUACCACAGAAGCAUCAACUACUGAAGAGUCAAGUACCACAGAAGCAUCAACUACUGAGGAGUCAAGUACCACAGAAGCAUCAACUACUGAGGAGUCAAGUACCACAGAAGCAUCAACUACUGAAGAGUCAAGUACCACAGAAGCAUCAACUACUGAAGAGUCAAGUACCACAGAAGCAUCAACUACUGAAGAGUCAAGUACCACAGAAGCAUCUACUACUGAAGAGUCAAGUACUACAGAAGCAUCAACUACUGAGGAGUCAAGUACCACAGAAGCAUCAACUACUGAAGAGUCAAGUACCACAGAAGCAUCAACUACUGAAGAGUCAAGUACUACAGAAGCAUCAACUACUGAAGAGUCAAGUACUACAGAAGCAUCAACUACUGAGGAGUCAAGUACCACAGAAGCAUCAACUACUGAAGAGUCAAGUACCACAGAAGCAUCAACUACUGAAGAGUCAAGUACUACAGAAGCAUCAACUACUGAGGAGUCAAGUACCACAGAAGCAUCAACUACUGAAGAGUCAAGUACUACAGAAGCAUCAACUACUGAAGAGUCAAGUACCACAGAAGCAUCAACUACUGAAGAGUCAAGUACCACAGAAGCAUCUACUACUGAAGAGUCAAGUACUACAGAAGCAUCAACUACUGAAGAGUCAAGUACCACAGAAGCAUCAACUACUGAAGAGUCAAGUACCACAGAAGCAUCUACUACUGAAGAGUCAAGUACUACAGAAGCAUCAACUACUGAGGAGUCAAGUACCACAGAAGCAUCAACUACUGAAGAGUCAAGUACCACAGAAGCAUCAACUUCCACCGGGACAGCUAUGUAAUUACUCAUUGAUUUAUUGAUUCAAAUAUUUCAGUAAAUGGAGAAAUCAUAAAAAAUUGAAAUUAUUUUUAUGAGUAAAUACAUAAACCUUGAAGCAUCACAAAAUGGAUUCGAAUAAGUAAAUACACUCCUAAGUAAAAUAUUUUCACUUCAUUUUUAGAGCAUCACAAAAUAUAUUGGUAAUAAUCGGAACAAUAAAUGCAUAAAUAGAUCAACUAGGUGAGGAACUUAUUGUACACACAUAUUGACGUAUGUACAAAUAUAAGUCUAAUUUAGCAAAAAAGAGUAAAUGCACAAUAAUAAUUACACCCGAUAAAAUACGGUUCUCUCGUUUUUUAAAAGAACGGUUUGUGAAGAUCAGUACUCUAUAGAUUCUAGUGUUUCAGCUCUGGAGUUUGGAGCUACAUAAGGUAACCAUAUUAUUUUUAUGGUUCAAUGAUUGUUUUGAGUUUUACUGCAAACCAGGUUCAGAUUAGCGCAUAGAGCUAUAUACAUACAUUUAUAUGUAUUUUACAUAUGUAUUGCAAGUAUACGUUAUAAGAUUAGAGUGACAAAUGUCGUAUUCUCCCAGGAAUAAGCCGGUUAUGCAAGUUUUUGUCCAAGUCAGGGCUUAUAGAACCGUCAUGUCUGUUCAUCCGCGACACGAUAGAGCUAAAACGGCUGAACCGAUUAAUUUCAACAUGGUAAGUAGUAAUUAUCACCCAAUUCGUCGUCACAAACUUUAUGAACAUACAUUGUAUUGAAAUAUUUAUUGGUGGUUUAAUCAUCCAUGCAAUAUUUAUAAUCACAUAUUAAUGUGUUACAGAUAUAUGGGUAAACUUUUUUUUUUUAAACAAGGGCAAAAUUAAUUUUAUUCCAAUUUAAGUACAUUUCACAUCAAAUUAUUAAAAUAAAUAUUAAUUAAUAUGUUGAGGCGACGUCUUCUAAACAGGACUUAACUUUUUGGCCGUCAGGGGUAGGAACUAAGCCACUGCCUGUUAUUCUCAAUCUUCUGGCCUCUUAAGAUAUUAUUACUCUAUUAAUGCAUAAUUUGUUUGCUUAAACUAAUUUAUUUAUUUGGAUUAGUCAGGCAAGAAAAUAUAAAAAGAAAGUUAGUUAUUCAAAAGCCUAAAUUUAUGUUUAUUUUAUUAUUAUCAAUUGAGUAAAUUUUAAAUUUCUCCCAUUUCUUGUAAAACUUAGAAAGUAUACUUUUAUUUAAGUAACAUGCAUGGAAUUCCAUAAGUAUACGUCCAUAGACCAUGUGACGAUAACUGGAGAUUAAAUCAUAAUUACCAGAAUAAUUAUUAAGUUUAUGUAUAAAACAUUGAUAGAUAGCAUAAUAGGCAUAAAAGAUCAGAAUGUUUGCACCUACAUUCUUGGUGCCAUGCCGAAACGCUUCAUCGAAGGCUUGUGUGCAAAUAUUUACCUUUGUCAACAGAUUGGCAACCACUUGCCUCAAAUCUGUGACAUAUGAACAUGAUAAAUAGUGUAUGACUUUAGGGUGCACGGAAGCACAAAAUGGGCAACAAUGAUUAUCGUAAAUGUGUAGUGAUUGUGCAAGUGAUGGAGUGAGUCCCACGUUAUGCCAAAUUUUGAAAACGGUAUCUUUUUCGGGUUGGAUAUCGGCGUGGUCACUAAAUGCUCCCACUGUGGAAGCGAGCAAAAAUUAUUAUCUAGCUCUUCCCACUUGAUACCUACGUGAGAUCGUAAACAGUGGAGGUAGUUGGUCUCUUUGACUACACUGACUAGUAUGGACUUGUCAUAUAAUGAGAAUAACGCGAGUUGAGUAUUAGUGGACUCGGUAACCAUGGCAACCAC